AUGAAAUUGUUAUUUACAAUUUUAUCAGCUUUCAUUUUAUUGAUUGCAUUGACCAAUGCACAAAGAGAUAGUAUAAAAGUGACUGUUACGAUUUAUGAUCAUCAUCCACUAAAGAACACCAACUUCCAGAAGCCAAACUGUGGAGUGACCAAGGGCUUGAUUCAAAGUAAUCUUAACCCAUCCACCAAGAUUCCAGUACUCAACUCUCAAUCAUCGGAUCUAAAGAAAUGUUACGACAAUACAACAACAUUCCCACAAUUCUUCCAAGCCACCAAUGACGUCAACAUCCAAAUCGUCCAAGACCUCGAAGCCGUCUACGACGACACUGCCAGAGGUUACGUCUAUGCCAACUCUUUUUUCUUCCCCAUCAACAAUCUCGGUUGGGACGUCUAUCCAGAACUCAAACGUGACGACAAGGAUACACGAGGUAUCAGAGAAAACUUCCAUUUCUGUCUCAAAUUCAAUGCUCAAUUCAAGUACAAGAAUCAAGGUAAAUUCGACUUUUUCGGUGAUGAUGAUGUCUACCUCUUUAUCAACAACAAGUUGGUAAUGGAUUUAGGUGGUGUACAUGGUAGUGUUGAUGGUUCAAUCAAUGUUAAUGGUUUAGGUUUAGUUGCUGGAAACAUUUAUGACUUUGAUUUCUAUUUUUGUGAAAGACAUACAUCAUCAUCAGCAUUGAAAUUUACAACAGAUUUUGAACCAUACUGUGCAUCGACAGAUUAUUGUGGUGCUUGUAAUGGAAAGGGUGAAUGUUGUUUCAAUAACAAUGGCUGUGAUGAUAAUGAUGUUUGUACUAUUGAUACAUGUCCACCUGCCAAUGCUCCAGGUCUCAACCCAAACAAUUGGAAGGAGGCUUGUACUCAUCAACGUAUCAAUGCUACUGCUGAUGCUGCCGACCUCUGUUUCAACAUGGGUAAUGUUGGAGGACAAUGCAAACCAAUCCCAGUACAAUGUAAUAACCCACCAUCCAAGUGUCAUGUAGCUCAACCAUGCAACACUUUAACUGGAUGCUCCUACACUGCCAAGACAUGCACACCAACCAACCCAGCCAACAAGUGUCAAUCGGCUACUUGCGACGCAUCGACUGGCGACUGCAAGACUAUCACCAAGACCUGUACCACCCCACCCAAUGCCACAUUGUGUGGUUCGACCGGCACAUGUAAUGGAAAUACCGGUGAAUGCGAGUACCAGUGUUGUCCAAAGGACUUGGAAAACAACAAUUGUAUCAGCUCGACCUGCUCGCAGUCGGGUAGCCUUGUCGUCGUCGACAAGUGUGCAGCUCAAUCCACCCCAUGCAACACUUUUACCUGCCAACCUGUCAACGAUGUCAAGACCUGCGUUCCAACCUUCCUCUGCGACGAUGAGAAUGCCUGUACCACAGACUCGUGCAAGGCCGACAAGACUGGAUGUCUCCACGAAGCAGUCGACUGUAACGACGACAAUGUCUGUACAAUCGACUCUUGUAACUCGACCUUGACCGGUGACGGCGUUGUCAACGGUUGUUUCACAACCGAUGUAGUAUGCGAGCAAGAUCCAGAAGACCUCUGCACCGUCUAUGCCUGUGACAAGGUAAAAGGAUGUAUUGCCACCCCCGUCGUCUGUCCAAUCGGCGAUGAUCUCUGCAACAUCCCAUCCUGCAACAAGACUAUCGGAUGUCUCGUCACACCCAAGACUUGUGUCGCCGAAGACGACGAAUGUCAGCGUGCAUACUGUAAUGCCGAGACUGGCGAGUGUAUCACCAAGAACCGAAGUCCCACUCCCUUCAACUGUCUCUCUGAUGCUGCCAAGGGUGGUAUCAUCUCGUCUGCAGCCAUCGCCGGUAUCGCCAUCGGUGGUGCUGCCGCCGCCGCCCUCUUUGCCUUUGCCGGCAAGAAGGGUUACGACUACUGGAAGGAACACAAGGAGACCAAGAUGUCAUCUGUCAAUGCCAACCCACUCUAUGAAAUGAAUACCAGAGGUGCCGGUGAAAAUCCAUUAUUCACAUCCCCAGAUGCUGCACUGUAA